CCGCUGUUUUGAGAGCCUCCCAAUAGCUUUGUGGAGCUUUAUUCAGACCCUGAAACGGGAUCCCCAAGAUGUUGAGUUGCAGAUUCUAGGUGGCAUGUGUCUGGCAAGACUCCACAAACCGGAGUGUCAUGAGGCUGCUGCGGACGCUGGUGUUUGUGAGGCUUUUGUCCAAGCAAUGCGCUUGCACGCCAAUGACAAUGAAGUGCAAAAUGCUGCAGCAAUUGGUCUUCGUGCAAACUGUCGUGGUCCAACUUCCAAGCCACUACCGCCCAAGGUAGCCAACAAAACAACCAAGUUGGCAUUGGGUCAUGGUGCCGUGGAUGCCCUUGUGGAAGCCGAAGACUUCGACGUGCUAUACAAUUGCACUCUUGCGCUUGGCAGUAUUGUUAGAUUCAGAGCGCAGGAAUGCCGCAAGCAUGCGGGUGAGAUCGUCCAGGUCAUGUUACGCGCAUUGAAGAGCCCUCGCAAAGAUUUCAGGGUGACAUUUGUGGCCAAGAUGUGUCUCAAAGAUGUUCCAGGUGCUUUGCGCAGCCUCGUGGAAACCAUGAAUUCUGCCCCUGCCGAUGUCGAUGUGCAACAUUGGAGCUCGUGGUGGUUGGCAGAGGUAUUUUCUGCGGAUAUCACUGGUCCCCUCAUUGUCGACUAUCCAACUACCUGUGUUUUGCAUGCCUUGGUUUGUGCUAUGCAAAAGCACCCCACACGCACUCACGUGCAGACUCAUGCAGCUGUUGCACUAGGCGCCAUUUGUGCAGGGUGGGACUCAGAUGCACUCGAGCGGCAGAGGAACGCUGUGGAUGCUGGUGCUUUGCAAGUUGUAGUCCAGGCCAUGAGAAACCAUUCAUAUGAUGCAAAGGUGCAGGCUGCCAGCGCCCGCUGCUUUACGAGGAUUUCUAUUGCUCACGCCUCUGGAACGGCUGACGUCUUGCAGAUGAUGCUCCAUACUUACCAUGCUCAUCAUCGAGAUGCUGAAGCACGCAAAUGGAUCGCCUUGGGAGUUGCAAUGUUGCAAGGCGUAGCAGUUGCGCAUCCCGAAGUCUCCCAUAUUCUAUGCCAAGUCAUCCAAGACUAUCCUCGGGAUGCGGAAGUACAAUACAUAGCUUCGCUGGGAAUGGCAAAUGUUGCAUUUGGUUUGCCGCCUGCUGUGGGUGUCAGAGGAGUCUCACCCUGGCUGGCAAAGAGGCAUGAAAAGACAAAUCAAUUGGAAGAUCAGGAUAGCAAGCGCAUCUCACGUGCAAAGUUGUCAUCAGUUCAAAGCAACAUGGAUAUCCAAAGAAAUCAAGACUUCAAGGUGGAACGACUUGCAAAAGAUGAAGCAAUCCAAGAGCUCCCAUGUUUUAGGUGGAAGACGUCACAGUUGAGGCCAGAUCUGUUGUUACCAGAGAAGGGCAUGCGCAGAAUCACUGGACAAAGUGGCAUUGAACUGGUCAACUUGUGCAAAAGGUUCCAGAGACUUCGCCCUCAUGUCAGCAGGUACGGGUGCUCAGCAAGUAAGAUCGUGGCAGCGUUUUCUUGCAUUUGUCUGAAGUCACGUGCAAAGUUGUCAUCAGUUCAAAGCAACAUGGAGAUCCAAAGAAAUCAAGACUUCAAGGUGGAACGACUUGCAAAAGAUGAAGCAAUCCAAGAGGUGCUGGGACUAGCCAACACGAGUGGAUGCAUUUACAGCUUCCAUUUGCUCUGCUUUCUUUCCUUGCUUCAGCUCCCUUGUUUUAGGUGGAAGACGUCACAGUUGAGGCCAGAUCUGUUGUUACCAGAGAAGGGCAUGCGCAGAAUCACUGGACAAAGUGGCAUUGAACUGGUCAACUUGUGCAAAAGGUUCCAGAGACUUCGCCCUCAUGUCAGCAGGUACGGGUGCUCAGCAAGUAAGAUUGUGGCAGCGUUUUCUUGCAUUUGUCUGAAGUCACGUGCAAAGUUGUCAUCAGUUCAAAGCAACAUGGAUAUCCAAAGAAAUCAAGACUUCAAGGUGGAACGACUUGCAAAAGAUGAAGCAAUCCAAGAGGUGCUGGGACUAGCCAACAUGAGUGGAUGCAUUUACAGCUUCCAUUUGUUCUGCUUUCUUUCCUUGCUUCAGCUCCCUUGUUUUAGGUGGAAGACGUCACAGUUGAGGCCAGAUCUGUUGUUACCAGAGAAGGGCAUGCGCAGAAUCACUGGACAAAGCGGCAUUGAACUGGUCAACUUGUGCAAAAGGUUCCAGAGACUUCGCCCUCAUGUCAGCAGGUACGGGUGCUUAGCAAGUAAGAUUGUGGCAGCGUUUUCUUGCAUUUGUCUGAAGUCACGUGCAAAGUUGUCAUCAGUUCAAAGCAACAUGGAGAUCCAAAGAAAUCAAGACUUCAAGGUGGAACGACUUGCAAAAGAUGAAGCAAUCCAAGAGGUGCUGGGACUAGCCAACACGAGUGGAUGCAUUUACAGCUUCCAUUUGCUCUGCUUUCUUUCCUUGCUUCAGCUCCCUUGUUUUAGGUGGAAGACGUCACAGUUGAGGCCAGAUCUGUUGUUACCAGAGAAGGGCAUGCGCAGAAUCACUGGACAAAGUGGCAUUGAACUGGUCAACUUGUGCAAAAGGUUCCAGAGACUUCGCCCUCAUGUCAGCAGGUACGGGUGCUCAGCAAGUAAGAUUGUGGCAGCGUUUUCUUGCAUUUGUCUGAAGUCACGUGCAAAGUUGUCAUCAGUUCAAGGCAACAUGGAUAUCCAAAGAAAUCAAGAGUUCAAGGUGGAACGACUUGCAAAAGAUGAAGCAAUCCAAGAGGUGGAAGACGUCACAGUUGAGGUUCCAGAGACUUCGCCCUCAUGUCAGCUACAGGACUACCACGGCUCUCUUGCCUUAUGGAUGGUUGUGAUUCUUCUCGGACUUGCUGCGGGAUACAUCCGAGACCAAGAACAUCAUCUUCCUCGCCACAAUCCACUGCAGCGCAUUGUUCUUGGAGCGAGUGCAGAGAGAGGCUACAGCACAGGCGCAGCGUCCCGGAGGCCAGCUGAGAGGACUUGGGAUUUCAGCUGUUCGAUUCCUUGCAUUAAAACGGGAAUUUGGAUACUUUGGUAA